AUGGCGGACGCUGAACGUAGCAGUGAAAUUGCCGAAAAUUCUCACGAGUUGACCAUUACUGAAGAACAGAAUACCUCUAUCGAGGAAAACGAAAAACCAGAGAAAGAACCUAGAGAAGAACCUUAUAAUUACGGGUAUUCGUUACCGGAAUAUUACAAACUUUGCCUGCAGUAUUACCACAAAGGUACGUGUCACUUCAUCACGGUUUCAAUUCUUUCCUAAAAAUUUCAAAUAGUUUUUACUUUAUCCUGAUGACUUGAGUUUUUCGUGGAGUAUUUCCGCUACCUUUUCGUUACAGAAAUUUAUGAUGAUUUUGUCUGGUAAAAAUUUGAUUGCUUAAAAACUUCCUAUUGGAUUUGCAUUGCAAGACCACAGAUUUGAUUAUGUUUUAUCUGUCACUCAUUAGUAUUAUACAGUACUUCACCAAAUCAGUUUAGGCUACUGGAUAUUUCUUUUGGAAUGCAAAGACAAGAUAGUAUUUUGUGAUAUUGCAUCUGAGAAAUACAAAAUCACCUUGCUCUGUUACAAAACUGAUUUGUUUGUACUUGAAGAAGGAAAACUAUAUGUUUGACUGUAUGUUUUGUAUUUUAUGACAUAACAUUGUACACUGUUUUAGGAGUAUCCCUAUUUAAGUAUAACUUGAUCAAACUGUAACAUGAAUUAUAAACCACUAACUGGCAUGGGGCAAACUAGUUACAGCAGGGGUAUUUUGCAGAGCACUGAAUGCAGAAUGCCGAAUACCAAAUGACUCUGAAGUUAGUGAUGAGGGUUAGGAAACUGAGUGAAUCAGGUUCCAUUUGGAGUCAUUAUACCGGGAAAAUUGACCUCAAACUUGAUUCACUCAGUUUCCUAACCCUAAUCACUAAACUUCAGAGCAUUUGGCGUUCUGCAUUCUACAUUCUGCAUUCAGCAUUAUGCUGAAUCAGUUAGCCCAAGAAAACAGCUGACUGGACAUUUUAUGAUGCCACUGCUGGUUUCCCUGUGAAAUGAUGUCUGGGGAAUGAUUACAGAGAUAGGCCAUUUCCAGGUUCCAAAAACCCUAACUUUCAGAACAAGGCUAAGUACAAAACGUUUCUUGGAAUAAUGAGUUUCAUUAUCCAUGGCUUUGCACUUAGCCUGGCUUUGAAACAGAGGCUAGGGCCAACCUGGAAGUGACCUAAUUCCAUACAGUAAGAUUGGGCUAGUACUAGUCUUUUGAUUGGUUGAAGCAAAUUUUGAGCCAAUCAGAAGCACAACCCAGACCUGGGUAGUGACCAUAUCAUCAGUGGUGGCAUCAUGAAAUGUUAGCUGUUUUUUCAGACUACAAACCAGUUGAAAUCCUUAAAACGUAUUUAAAAUCAUAAUCUGUGAGCACUAACAAACAUGUGGCCAAAAUUAAAUUUCAUGCAUCUGCGGUAGCAGCGGACACGUAGAAAAUUAAUUACUACGAUAUUUGGUAGAAAUCUUAUCAAUUUGCAUGUCUGUACAACAUAUUUGACACUUUAAUAUCUCGGCUAUUGGAGCUAUUUACUCGCCGUAAACUUGCAAUUAAUUUUAUCUUAAAACUUCCUCACUGAAACGUGCAAACAACGUCCCAAAACUGCCAGACAUAGACUAUGUUGCGAGAAACGGGGCACUAGCUGUGAUGUUAAAGGCUUUGCUUUUGGUUCAUUUCUGGAGCGUAUUGUUGUUGAAAGAGCAAACAUUGACCUCUGUUAGAAAAAUGUUAAAAACGCUGGUCUGAUCAGCACAGAUGCAAUUGAGUUCUAGGGAAAUUUGCCCUGAAAAACCACAAAAUCAGCCUCUUUUUGGCGAUUUUACUCAGCGAAAUUUGCCCUUAAAAUUCCCACAAAAUCAGCCAGUUUUUUCACGAAUUUGUCCUUAAAAUCCUGACUUUUUUUUCUGCGACCUAUCAGAAGCCCUGGCUCAUACUUGUAAAUACUGUAUAAUAAACUGUCCCUUUAGAGAUACAUGUACACCAUUUCUUUUUAUGGGUACAGUUGAGUCACCUGUUGCGUAGCUGUAAAUACAAGUAUACAGAUUGCCUCUUACCCUGAAGAAAUGAGUAGGCCACCAGGUAGAACAGUAAUACCAUUAUCACAUGUGGGAAAUAAUGGUCCUCUUCAGUAUAACGAGGCAAACAUGUUCACCUACCUGUACCUGUAGGCAGAAACGGUGCGUCUUAAGGUCACUAAUAAGCUGUAAUUUAUGGCCAUUGUCUGUCAUAAAUAGUUAUACAGCUUACAAUACAGGGAGUAAGCAACUACUAUGUAUUUUGUUAUUACUUGAAUUUACUUAAAAUUAGUAAUGUGUGGUAACUUGUCACAGUUGCCCCAGUACUGUUUCUUAAAUUCUUGAAUCAUCCUUUCUUUGUAGAAAAACAAAUAAUAAAGCUAACAUAUGAUGAGAAAGUUCAGUUGACAGCAUAUUGGAAGCAAAUUUCUAGUGGAGCUUAUGAUCCUGAAAAAUACCCUGAUGUUGGCUAUUUUGAUGUUAUUGGUAAUGAUAGAAGGUAAUAAUUAUUGAUUUCUUUUCCAGUCAGUACAAUCAACCUGAUUAGUUUCAAAUUAAGGUCCUCUUGGAUAUUUGUUAUGUCAUCAGUCCUAUUGUUUUUUAACCCAUUCGCCCCUGAACCACCCGUAACCGCCCGUGCGGAUCCAGGCCCUUUCUACCCUUUGUGACGUCAUCAGUUUUAACGGUCAAGGACAACUUUCUUCACUAACUUGUGCAGAGGGAAGAGAUCUUUCAAACCAUACCAGAAUGAGCGCAAUUCAGUCAAGGACACCGGAGAAAGAAGCAAAAAACCAUGUGACAUUGACCUGAAAAUCUCCAUGAAAAUCUUGUUCCAUUACCCACCUACCUUUCCUUUGACCUAAUCCUAAGGUCCUCGAAAUUUUGCUUUCUGCGCAUGCCCGAACUUCGCAAGCUGAUAUUUUGCAUCUGGAUCAGAAGGCCGUGAAGUGUACGACCUGUAAACCGGUUUGUGGUAAGUUUUAGCUCUUUAUAGCACGACAGUGACCAGAAAACCACUCGACUAGCUUCAAAACGCGUUUUUCGGCAAAAUCUCCAGGAGCGAAUGGGUUAAAGUACACAUAGAAUACUGGAUAGAAAGUGCACACGUACAGUCUUUAUAUGAGUUGUUGACGCAUCUAUCAUUGAAAGAAUGAGCACAGUGAAUGGGUGAGAUUUCUGAUACAAAACAACGAGUGCACAAAUACCAUACAAAGCACUUUUUUGUGGUAUGGUGUUUAUUAUAUUGAGACAUACAUGUAUCAUUUUUUUCACAUGCAGAAAAUACUGUUGACCCCUCUAAUAUUAGCUAGAACUCAUUUGCAUAUGAAAAUUUACAAUGUUUUCAGUGAGAAUAUCUCAGUAUCUAAAACAGUAGUUAUGUAUCUCACUUUGCUAUGCAAAUGUUUAGUUAUAACUGUAAGUUACAGAUGUUUUCAAUGUAUUUUUUGGCUGCUGUCAUUGGUCGAAGCUAUUACAGUCUGAUCUGUGACUAACCAGAUACAAUCAUGGCAAAAUUAGGAAUUUAAAUAACUCUUGUACAUGUGGGUAGAAGUCUGACAAAGCAGGUUAAAGUAGGUGGCAAUAAUGCAAAAACAGAAAGCUUUCAGUUGUUAAUCAUAGCAAAAUGCCACAGCUCCAAUAUGUGUUGGGUCUUCUUAAAAGCCGUGCAAAAUGGGACCUAUAUUGUAUCCUUUUAUUGAUAUCCUCUGAGUAACUUUUUGUGAACAUUCAAUAAUAGGAGAGCUUGGGAGAGUCUAGGGACCAUGCAGCCAAGAGAAGCUAUGAAAAAGUUUUGUUCUUUGCUGGGUACAUGCUCACCUGAGUUGGGACCCUGGAUGGAAGCACAGCAGAAAGAAAAAGAAGAGAAGGAAAGACUGAGAAGAGAGGAAGAGGAAAGGUUAAGAAGAGAAGCAGAAGAAGAAGCAGAACGUGAAAGACAGAGAUUAUUAGCAGAAGAAAUGAGGAGACAAGCUGAAGAAGAAGAAAGGUAAGUUCCAUACUGCAAUGCUUGUUUUGCUUUCACUCCCACAGCCAAGUAUUGUAGGCCUAAAGUACCUGAACAUGUAACUUUUGAGUGGACAGUACAGUGUGAAACUUUAAUUUUUGUAUUUCAUCUGUUUUAGUUUAGAAAUGAUUACUAUCAUUUAUUAUGCUUGUACUACAUUGUAGUUUGUAUGAUUUAAGGUAUACUGUUUUUGUGUGGGUUUGUCCCAAGUGUUUCAUUACAUACCUGGUAAGAGGGGAGAGGAAUGGGCAGUUAAAUUUCUCUUCUCCCUAUUUUUUCCCUAUUUUUCUCCCUCCCUAAUUUUUUCAGCCGUUUCUCCUUCCUCCCUGACUUUUCACCUUUCUCCCUGAUAAGUCUUUUAAGAGGCUCGUUUUAUUUGCUACUUCACCGCGCUGCCUCGUUUCCACGUGUCUUAAAAGAAAGUAAACAUACGAAACAUGUUUGUCAUGUUAUAUCUCAUUCUUCCCAUACUACCUUUCGGUUUUGUCAUGUAAGCUUGAAGCUUUGAUGUUUACAACAUUUACUUUAACUACCGUAUAAAGGUCAGAAUGGUUACUCACAACUACUUGCUACUACUUACUACUACUAAAUCAAUCUAUGCAUCAGGUGUAAUUCACUGAACUUGUAGAGUUUAUUUCACAUUGCUGGGUGUUGAUUCUUCUGGUGUUUCAGCGUUAGGUCAUAAACCAUGCAGCAUUAAUUUAGUCUUAUACUACUACUUCUACUAGUACUACUAAUAAUAAUAAACAAGGAAGGAGACUUAUGAGAUUCAAUUUCAAAACAAUCUUCAGUAACACCAUAAACUGCUUUCACAUGAAAAUAACAUUCACUCACCUUGAUACUCAAAAAACUCCGAAAACUUCACAUUCACUAAAACCGAUGCUAAACAAAAGAAGUAACAAAAACCCGGAAUAUCACCGCUCGUCCAAGACUGGGUACAGUGUACAUAUGAUGACCUCACAAGACUCACAAGGGGAGGGCAAGAAAUUGCCUAUACCAAAAUAAUUUUGCUACCCUAAUCUAGACUAAACUUCUAAAACCUCUCCCUAUCCUAAUAUGGCUAUUUUCCAGAAAUUACUGAGGUCAACCCUUUCUUUGGUAUUAACCUGAGUUGCAGGUAAAUUUAGGUUGCUGAGAUUCAAUUUUUCUGAUUGUCAAUACCUGGUUUUCCUGGUCUAGAGUAAAAUCCUCAACCAAUAUGAUCAGUUUCUUGGAAAAAAAUACUCUAUUCUAGACCCAAACUCUCUGAUUUCUAAACCUCUAUCCCAGACUAAUACCCUUUCAAGUGGCACCCAUCUAUGGCAGGACCCUAGCCUGUGUAGCUUGGCGGUUUUGUUGAGCCUGGUGCACAAGUGGCUAAGCUGCGAGAAAAAUAAUUUUUCAAGUUGCUCCCGCCCCAAUCUCCUCGCAGUUUCUCUGCCCUCGCCCGCCUUUAUUACUUAGCGCGCCCAAGCAAAACUGCCAUGCUACACAGGCUAGCAGUACCCCAGCUAGUAAUUUUCCUGUCAGAAUUUAUGGCAGCUUGCUGCAGGACAAGUUGUCUGAAAAGAAGGCCUUGAACUUUGUUGAAUUGAUGUUUUUUCAGGAGAAAGCAAGAAGAAAUAAUGCAACAACAAGAGCGAGAGCAAAUUCUUCAACAGCAACAGCAGGAACGGUUACAACAACAGCAGCAUCAACAGUCUCCAGGACAACAGGUACAUGUAUAGUAAGGCCUCGUCCACACUCGAAUCUGGAUAUUUUGGAAACGGCAUAUUUUUUUGGACCACGAAUCAGCCAACCAGUGAAUCGGCCUACCCAAACCGCACCUUUUUGGAACCACUUUCCAGAGCAGUUUAAGGUCUAGUCCAGAUAAAUCCGGGUGAACAAAUAGGCAGUUUCAAAAAUGUCAAGAUUUGUGUGGAUGAGACUUAAGAUUGUUGUCUCUAGAGCCUAGGUAUGUAUGUAACCACCCUUUCAGGGGACCUGCCAUCGCUGCCUUAUCUCUAAGCCUUCUGAGCCUGUUUUGAGUCAAACCCCGCUUUACAUUGUAUGGGCACCUGCUUAAUAUGGACACCUCAUUAUUAUGGACACCCUCUUAAUACAGACACCUCAUUAUUAUGGAUGCCCGCUUAAUACGGACACCUCAUUAUUAUGGACACCCGCUUAAUACGGACACCUCAUUAUUAUGGAUGCCCACUUAAUACGGACACCUCAUUAUUAUGGACACCCGCUUAAUACGGACACCUCAUUAUUAUUUACACCCACUUAAUAUGGAGACCCGCUUAAUACGGACGCAUUAUUAUUAUAGACACCUGCUUAAUACGGACACCUCAUUGAUAUGGACACCCACUUAAUACGGACACCUCAUUAUUAUGGACACCCACUUAAUACAGGCACCUCAUUAUUAUGGACACCCGCUUAAUACGGACACCUCAUUAUUACAGACUGUUUGCUUUUUCCUUGGGAAAGAAAGCCUUUACAUUUUCUCUAAAUUCGACCGGCUAAAUAUUAUGGACACCCUGCUAAUACAGACACUUUCUCUGCCCCCCUAUGUGUCCAUAUUAGGGAGCUUUAGCAUCGACGACGGCGACGCCAGCGAAAACGUCACUAUUAAAACGAAUUCUCGUUUUUUCUUUUCUUUUCGCGUUUAUUCCAAAUUGCUGACAAUUUCAAAUGCAGGCCAAUGUCCUCGAGUUGGUUUCUUGGGGAUCGUAAUCAAGUUUAAAAAGAGAAAGAAAAAUUCGUAGUCGCUUGUUUACAUCCUCCAUUAAACGGGAAAUUAGGCAUUUUCACGUCGUAGUCGUGUAGUGACGGCAAGGAAAUGUACAAAAAAGCAUAAUGCACGCGAAAAGUUGUGGUUUUCUUAAUAAAACAAUUGCUUUAACUUGUAGCCGUCGCCGUCGUCGUUGCUAAAGCUCCCUAUUGACGGGGUGUGACCGUAUACACAAUGAAGGAAUAUAGUAAAAUGUUGUUGUAAAUAAUCUCUAAAAAAUCUGCAAUGUUGGGUUUCAUGUGUGCAGUGCAUUUUGGAGUUCCUGUGUUGUGUUCAUUUGAGAGACAACACAGCUAUCACUGAGAGGGUUGUUUUAAAGAGCUGGAACCAAGGAUUUGUCCUGGCGAUCAGAAAUGUAAUCCCUGGCUACUUUGGUAGAAACAUGUUACAAUAACAUCGUAAGACAACCUAACAUCUACGGCUUCUUCAGAAAAAUAAUAUUAAUAAUAAUUAUUAUUGGAAGCCUUUUCACCUCCGUUCUUUGUAUUGGUAUUGUUUUUGUAGGGAAAGAGAAAUAUUGUUCAUGUUUAUCAGAAUUAAUGUUUAAUUCAUAAGCCUGUGUAGUGUAAAGUUGAAGCUUUUAUUCCUUGAUUUUGCAGCCCAAAACAGUGGCAGUCAAUGGUACACCUAGAAUAGCACCUGCAUCGCUCUGGACACGCCCCAAAGUUCAAGAGUUUAUUCAACACGUCAAGUCUGAUCCUAGCUCUGUGUUAGUUGUUGGGCGUGGUGAGACAAUGACAGUUCGUGUACCCACACAUGAGGGAGGUGAGAGUUUGUAGAUAAAUUGUACAAUUUUGUUCUUAAAUCAAAGAUUUCUAAGAGGCAGCAACAAGCUGGUCUGCUUUGGGGGUUAAUGUUUCUGGUGGAGGAAGGGCAGCGCUCAGUGUUGAAAUUUAAGGUGCCAUAAACACACAAAAGAAGUGGCCGGAACACCAGUUGCAGUUUCAGCUUCAAAUUCAGUUUAAUAUAUGUUUGCUAGAAAAAAGAAAAUCAUUCAAUACAUUGCAUACAAGAAAAAAAUAAUAGUUGACCGUUAAAAGCGAUGUAAAUUACAUAAGUAAAAGAACUAGAAUUGAUAUUUGUCUGGCCGCAAAGGCAGUAGCAAAUUAUGGCCGGCCCAAGUUUUUUAAACGACCACUUAUAAUGAAAAACCAUUAUUAGUUUUGAUGGUUUGUUUUUGUGACACGACAUCCAAUUUUUGUUUAGGAACAUGUCUUUUCUGGGAGUUUGCAACAGAAUACUAUGAUCUUGGCUUCGGCGUCUGUUUUGAAUGGUCACAACCGCAUACCAAGAAUAUAACGGUGGCAGUUAAUGAAUCAGAUGAAGAUGAAUUCGCCGAAGAAGAGAAAUCAACGGAAAGCGAGUCCAGUUCCCCGAAGCCGAAAAUAGAUGAGAUACUUCCGGUUGUGCGUAGGCCUUGUAACGAAGAAGUAAUAGUUGGUAGUCAUAUGUACCCAGGUCGUGGCGUGUAUCUACUCAAGUUUGAUAAUUCAUAUUCACUGUUUAGGUCGAAAACUUUAUAUUAUCGUGUAUAUUACACUCGAUAAAUGAGUGAGAACGUUGCUCUGCGGGAUGACAAGGAGCAUGGAAUUUUGAUUAAAAUACUGGAUAAAAUUACAGGGAACCCAUGGGCACGGAACGUUGUGAGAAAAAGUAACAGUUUCUGUUUUAGGAGUCCCGCUGUUACAAGGCCCUUAUGAAACCUGUGAUAGAAGCAAAUGGUACUUCAAAUAAGCAAUGGUUAUCUAUUUGUACGACUAUAAUUCAUAAUUCAGUAAGCUCUUGGCCGGCUCGUGGUCCAUUUCUUUGACCAACCUAAGUUACUGCAGCUUUGGGAGCUUCGCAUCUUAAACAUUAGUUUACCUCGGCUUGGUUUAUAGAUGAUAGUGGUUUAAUAAGAAAAUCUGUUAAAAAGACAUUUUUAUUCUAGAAAAAUUGUAAAACAGCAUUCGGUUUGUUGCAAAGGUUUGUCAUUUGACUGAGUUCAUUCAAAUUACCCCUUCCUCCCCCACCUAUUCCACGUUUAACCUUGCCUUGCGCAGUUUGACUUUAGUUUGUUUUAGACUUCUCUCGAUCUCGUAAAAACUUAAAGACUAGCUAGCGAACAUGCACUUUAGAGGACUGCUGUGCCCUUAAGAGCCAUGGUGAUCGUUUUCUGACUGUUAUUGCUAUGUUAAUAAAAGUCUCCGCACGACAGACUUUGUUAGCCAAUAAGAAAAACAGACAAUGUAGCUGCUGUCGUUUGGCCCCAUUUUAAAGAAAAUCCAGGACAGUCGUGGAUUCUAGAUUCCGGAUUCCAGGUGCUGGAGUCCAGUAUUUGUCAGUAGAACUCGGAUUCUGGAUUCCAAACAUUAGAGAGAUUCCGGAUUUCUUGAGCUGUAUUCCCGAUUCCAAAACACAUGAUUCCUGAUUCCACAAGCAAAAUUGUCGUCUCCGUGCACCAAAAUACGCGUAGCUCAACAUUGGGGAAGGAGAGGUGCACAUUUGAAUGCGUGAGAACAAAGGUGUGAAGAAUGAAUGUAAGAAAUUUUCGAGAAAAUUCAAGAAAAACGGUUUCUGUUUCAGCGAUCUGUGGCGAGUAUUGUGGGUCUGCAGCAAGAUAUGAUAUUGUUUUAAUAACUAUACUAAAAUAAUGAUAAGAAACGUUUUAAUUUACUGUGGAAGGGGUUGUGUAACCGUGUCCGCCCGCGCCACACUCGCAAGGCGUAAGUUAGCGGCAUCAAUCCCGGUAGAAUUAAGUCCCAGUAAAUAGUGCAUUGAUGUCGAAAAAACCGCAACCGGCGGCUUGAGAAGUUGAAGGUAAACCAUGCAGACAUGUCUCAAAUAGGUGUAAAACCAGUUAUUAACAACUAAUAAAAAAGCCUUCAACACUGUCAGUCUAUUAACAUAUACCGUUUGAAAGGUAACAAGAGAAACACAAGGAAUUAACUCGAAGAUCUAUAUAAACAAAGAUACCGGGACAGAAUAUUUCAAGGCCUUCGUUUUGUUGACUACAAAGACAGACGUAAAUAUAUGAUCACGAGAUUAACAACUGGUACCAACAGUGCUGUGAAAAACGGAUGUUUACCGGUUUCUGGGUAGCCUGCGUAGCAUAGCAGGCGCUUGGAAGUAAUAUGCGACAAAAGAACAGAGCGCGCGAUGGAGGCUGGGGCGAUAUGGGCCGUUUUCAUGAGCCUGUUAUGUCAUAAUGAUGUAAACUUCAGGAAAGGCAGCAGAGCUCAAGUUAAAGAAACCAAGCAAGCUGCUUUAGGUAGAAAAGGCCAAAGGUCAAACGUUUCCACCAAUUUUUAAACAUCGAGAGGUCAAAAAGGGUCAGUAUGAACGAUAAAAGAAUACAACUCUGUUCAGGUUCCAAGUUUUAUUGCACUCUUACAGUGGGGC